AAAAACAUCGAUUAUUUAUGGAAAAUAAUAAUAUUUUUUUAUAUUCUUACGUAUGUUGUCAGCGCGACAUUAGUUUACAGAUCUGUGGUUUACUAAAGUUUAUCUUCCUUUAUUUCAUGUUUGAAUUAGGUGUUUUGAAUAUUUGUUCGCAAUCCCAUAUCGUUAUUCCGUUUUCCGUUAUUUCUUUUCAUUAAUGUUUUAAAAGUACUAAAAAAUAUUUUCAAGUUUAUUUAAAUAUAUUGUAUCAAUUUAACUACUAACCAUGAAAUUACAAUGUCAAAUAUGUAUUAUAAAUAGAUUACACAGUAAUUUUAACGUAAAAACCAGCGGCAAAUAUUUAAAGUCAACAUUAGCUUUAGGCAAGGAACUUACAGAACAAAAUGAAUACUUUUUAUUACAUUUUUCGUCCUUAAAUAAAACUGGAAUCAAAUAUCGUGUAAAGAAUAUGACGAAAGUUUUUGUAAAAUGUUUAAGUGAAGGUAAAGCAACUUUGAGGUUUGAAGACCCACCUCACGAUUUGUGCAUAAAAGGCGAAUCAAUCCAGUUGAAAUGUUUCAUGCGACUAUUGAAAUCCUGCGUGACUGGGGAUGUAAAGGAGCAACAAUUGUCUAAUUUGUGUAAUAUUAGUGUUACUACCAAAGACAGUGUUCCAACCAAACUUAUAAUUAAUGACCGUAGUGAAUUCCCUUCCAAAGGACUACCACGUACAUUAGAAACUCUACACAUUAAUGGUCUAAGACUGUGCAACUUUCGUAGAGAAAUUUUACUAUUGAAACACUUAGUAAUUCUUGAUUUAAGCAACAAUGAAAUUGAAAAUAUUCCACCAGAAUUUGGUAGAAUGCCGUGUUUAAGUGAAUUAUAUGUAGCCAACAAUAAACUUGGUGCAAAAGAAAAAGUUGAUUGGAGGUGGCUCUUUGGUCCUCAGCUUAUAAAAAUGUUAAAACUCCUGGAUUUGUCAGGAAAUAACUUAAAAAGUCUGCCAAAAUCAAUUUGGAAAAUACAAAAAUUAGUCACAUUGAAGCUUGACAAUAACUUGCUACAGCGAUUGCCUGCUGCUCUAGGUCGUAUAAACUGUUUGAGAUAUUUAACAAUUUCAAAAAAUAAGCUGUCAGCACUCCCCUGCAGUCUAAUGCAGUGUCAUUUGGAAUAUAUUGAUCUCUCAUCUAACAGCUUCCAUCAUACAGAUGUUUCAGUAGAAUUAAAUAGAAAUAGUGAUUGGAAAUGUUACAUAAGCAGUUUACUACAUCUGUCAUCUGAGGUUGUAUUAAGAAACAAGUUUUACUAUGCACCUAAUCUUAUUCCUUUGACAUUAGUCCAGUUCUUGGAUGAUGCAAAUAUGUGUGUGUGUGGUGCUCCAGUCGUGAAUGACAAGUUGUAUAUAAAUAAAAAAUUUGAAUUAAAAGAUUUUUUUCGAAUUGUAGUUUUUGAUAAUAAUAGAAACAGUGCUGUCGAUUUUGAAUGUUACUUUUGCUGUAAGUGUCGAAAGCGGUAAUUAUUUAUAUAAUAAAUAAAAUAUUUUUAUUCAUGUAUUAAAAUA